CAGACUGUUAUAUAAGAGAGAAGAAACCUUUCGUCUGAUUAGUUGACGUAGAUGUGUGUCACAAGUCUAAUAAUCCCCACAAACUAUUCCUUCAAACAAAGAGCUCCGUUUUCCUGAAGAUUGUGCAAUCCAAGCGUCUGGGUUUGAGCUGGAUCAUCCUCGGCUGAUUUCUGAGGUUUUGUGUUUAGUUUGAUUCUGAAAGUAGGUAUUUUGACUUCCUAAACCAGGAGGUCUGCUCGAGCGCUGGUAUAAUGGUUUAUCUUGAGGGUUAUCAAUGUUUGAGAAGUCGAGCUAGUUAAAAAGCGAGUUCCUCCUCUGUUGUGGCCCUCGUCCGUCGGCUCUUCCUGGAGCAGGAUGCUCGGCUGCGCUGAUGUUCCUGUGCGCAGCGUUCUGGCUCUCAUGUGUUUAAGAGCCGAGGAGCUCACAGGCGCUCGACGCCGCUCCAAGAACCAGAGCAGGAUGCCGUGGGGGAAAAACACGGGUCGGUCGCGGCGGCUGGGAAGAACGGCUGGACUCGCUCCUCUCAGGGACCGCAGCCUCACCGCGAUGAAUGUUGAGUCCUGGGCGGACCCUCGGGACCCGCAGCUGGACACGCCUGACCUCCUGACCCCGCAGCAGCCCGACAGCUUGUGUCUGGAGUCCUUCUGGAGCGAAGUGGAGACCAUCCGGAGCGACUCGGAGCCGGACAGCAGCAGACGAGAUUCCCGACAGCCCGAAGACGGCGAGCAGGAGGAGCUCUGGCUGCAGGAUGCUGGUUUGUCUCCUCUGGUAACAGGUGAAGAAGAGGACGUGGAUAAAGCCGUUCUGAUGUCGACUCUCACGAAGACUCAAGCAGCGGCGGUUCAGAGACGCAUCGAUCGCAAGAGGAACAAAACACCAGCGCCACACGUCAGAGACCUCUUCGCUUCCCCCAUUGCUCAGUCAGCAGUUGAGACACACAACAGUGAACCUGACACACACAGAAACAUGGAGAGUGUGACAAAGAAACAACUAUCAGCUGUCAGCAGUCAGGAGACUCAAGGGCUGCAAAUGGAUGAGAUCUUUAUCACAGACGUGGCGUAUUGUGAACAAGCAGCCAUCUUACUGAAACAAGCCAAACUACCACAGAACAACAGCAGCCAGUGCAGGAGAGACGACGGAGCUCUGCCGCGGGUCAUCUGUCCACAGUGCCGGCUGGGAGUGACGCGGGUGCUGGAUCUUUCCCAGCAGGACAUGAAGAAGGUUCGUCAGCUGGCUCUGAUUGACAUGACGGCACUCUGUGACCUGCUGGGGCUCGAGGUCAAACGACACAAAACCAGCAAACGGAAAAUCCCUGAGAGCUGUUUGUUCGGCGUUCCUCUCGCCUCAUUGGUGGAGAGCGAUCAGAAGAUCAAACCCAGCACUCAGAUCCCACUCUUCCUCCAAACACUUCUCUUGUUCCUGGAGAAGAAGGGUCUUGAUUCUGAAGGGAUUCUGCGGGUGCCAGGGUCUCAAUCCAGAAUCAAAGUGCUGCAGCAGAAGCUGGAGAACUCGUUUUACAGCAGUUCGUUCAGCUGGGACGAGGUCAGUCCCAAUGACGCCGCCACUCUGCUCAAGAAGUUCAUCCGUGAACUCCCCGCACCGCUGCUGACCGCCGAACACCUCAACAGCUUCAGCGCCGUCAGAGAUAUUGCAGACCUGAAGCAGAAGCUGCACAUGUUGAAUCUUCUUGUGCUGCUGCUGCCAGAACCCAACAGAAACACACUGAAGGCGCUGCUGGAGUUCCUCAGUAAGGUGGUGUUAUGUGAGCGGUGUAACCGCAUGAACCUGUGGGCCGUCUCCACCAUCAUGGCUCCAAACCUCUUCCUGCACAAAGCUGUUCCCAGUAAACUAGCGGUGGACGGUCCAGAGAAGGGUCAGGCGGAGCGGGCGGCAGACAUCAUGAGACUCCUCAUCCGCUACCAGGACCUGCUGUGGACGGUUCCUAACUUCCUGUUGAGUCAGGUGAGGAAGCUGAACGAGAACAGCAGCCGCCGGUGCCAGUUCUACGACAAACGCAUCAAGCACCUGCUCAGGAAGAUCCACACGGACAGCAGAGACAAACCUGACAAGAACUCCAGCGAGCAGUGUCGGACUGUAAAGAUCCAGCUGGCUGACGUGAGUUUCUCGAUGGAGUUUCGUCUCACUAUUAAUUCUCGUGCUUCAGAUCUGAUGUCACAGUUUUAUAAAGAACUACACACCUCUGACAACAGCAGGGGACUCCUGAAACGAAAUGGUUCACAGACCUGCCCGGACUGUGCCAUCUAUGAAGUGGGUGGGAAUAUCGGUGAACAUUGUUUGGAUCCAGAGACUCAUUUGUUCGACCUGUACAACAUCAACCCCAGCGGUGAGUGGAUCAUCAAACUGAGAUCGUCCAGCAGGGGGCAGUAGAGACACACCAGACAUCUCUCCAGGAGACCUUUGACCCCUGAGGAGAGGAGACUCUGAACACUGAGAUCGGUGUGAUGUCAUGAAGCUGGACUUCUGCACUGAGCUUAGACUCUGUUGAUGUUGUGUUGUGAUGGUUUGAUGCUGAAGAUUGUUGGAUUAUUUAUUAAGCACCGGAGCAGCUCUGUGUUUGGAGAUGUGAUGAACCAAUGUCUGAGCUGUUGCUCUGGUGCCUCGCAGUAUUAAACACACACACACACUCUCUCUCUCAGCUUUACACUGUUUGAUCCGAAUGAUUAUCUUCAGUACUACUUUUAAAUAUGCUGUUGUAUUAAAUUGAAGCACUUCCAA